AUGAGGGGUCCCCAUCCUAUUGGGAUGCAGUGGAGUAACACUGCCCUGUGGUUAGGGUCUUCCCAUUCUGAGAAUGGGUGGAGAGGUGGACAAAGUGGGAGCUUCUUGGCAGAGGUGGCAGAGUAUCUAAGGAUGGAUACCCUUGUGUCAUCCAAUGUGAAGGCUGGAAUCAAUGGCACCAACUCUCAUCGCUUCAGCCUCACCCUUGCACUCUCACUGCUAGGGUUUUUUUACAUCAGCCCCGGCCCUGCUUCCUCACAUCCCGACUCAACGCUAGAUUGUUUGGGACAAGCAUGUCAAACUCCUGGCUUAUUUGGCCCGUGUCAGACUCUGGAAUCAUGCGCUGGGAGUUGCUCAACCACCGAUGACCUACCCUCCUCUUCAGUGCGCUCCCACACAGGCCUCCAGUCACUGAGCGGGAACCCGUCUGGCGCCUCCUAG